AAAAAAGAUAUAGGAAUAACACCUAAAAAGAAGGAAAAAGACUUUGGAUCUAAAAAGAAGCCCAGAAAAUCUAAAGAAAAAGAAAAGAGAAGGCUACAAAAACCCUCUGAAAGGAGGAAAUAG